GCGGCACAAACCCAGGAACGAAGUGAAUCCUCCAGAAGCUGAGGACAGGUUCGAGACCUGGUUCCGGUCUCAUCGAGGCCUCAGCUGCACCGGUCACCUCUAACUGGUCCGGACAAACCAGUGCAGAGGUUCAGUUCCGUUCCUCUUCACUAACGGACCCAGGUUAGACUCCCAGUGAGGUUAGCUCGUUAGCUCGUUAGCUCGCUAGCUCCUCUGUGCUGGUUGUUGUCUCCGGCUGCUCCCAGGACUCUGCCCCGGUGCCGGGUGGCAUGAGCCCGGGUGCGACGCGCCUCUAGAGCCGGGGCCAGGUGAACCACCGGAGGCCAUGGCCGGGCCGGGACCCGCCAGCCCCUGCUCCUCGGAGCCGGACAGCCCCGGGGGACUGAACCGGGGAUGUCUGCUCGACCCGGCGGACCUGCUGUACCACGAUCUGUCCGCCAUCGUCCCGGAGACCCCCAGUCCACAGCUCGGUAAACGGAGAAGACGUGGGCCAAUCACAGAGGAGCGGUUCAGUACUAUGGCGGCCGGGGGGGGCUCAUGGGGCCGAGCAGAGCCGGCGCUCGGCAGUGAGCACGGGUCCAAACGCAGGCGGCUGGCCAUGGAGAACCGGAGGGUUCUGUUUGUUCCUGCUUCAUCUCUGAGAGCUCUACCUCCGGGCAACCCGCUGUCCAGUGGACCCUGUUUCUCCUCAUCUUCAUCGGCCUCUUCAUCUUCAUCGGCCUCUUCAUCGUCCUCUUCUUCGUCCUCUUCAUCGUCCUCUUCAUCUUCAUAUUCCUCCUCCUUCCUCACUCCGGCGUUAGAGGAGGGUGAGGUGUCUUUGACUGUGCCAGGUUCCCCAGGAGAAGUCGGAGCUGGUUCUCUCAGCCAGAGGAGGAGGAGGAGGAGCGUGACGUUUCCCUCUUCCUCGCCCUCGGCGCCGCCCGCCUCCGAGUCUCUGUCCUUCCUCACGGACGAGGAGAGGAGAUGGCUGAACGGCGACCGAGGAGACUCUCCAGCAGGUGAAGACACAGCAGUGGAGGAGAUCAUCAUCAGUGACGAUGACGAGGGCAUGGUCCGGGCUGCACAGAUGGAGGAAGAUGAGUCGUAUGCUCAGAGCCUGCAGGCCCAGUUCGACCGAGAGGAGGUGCACAGCAGACACCAGCAGCACCAGCAGCAGCACCACCAGCACCAGCAGCAUCCCUAUCAGCAGGGCCACCACAGGUUUUACUCCCACAUGCAACCCAGCUGGAUGUCCCAUGUGCUGGCUGCAGUGGCGGCCCCUGCUGGCUUUGAAGAAGGUCUGAUGGGUCAGCAGCGAGGAUGGGGGCGGACCAGAGGGAGGACCGCCAUGCCCGAGGACCCUCAGGGGAACGACUACGAGGCUCUUCUGGCGUUCGAGGAACGUCAAGGUGCCGUUGUGUCUAAGAAGUUGACGCGAAGGCAAAUCCAGAGAUUUCCCACCAAGACCUUCCAGUCGACCUUCAGCGCCGGGAACACGACGUGCCAGAUCUGUUUCUGUGAAUACACCGAGGGGGAGAAGCUGAGGAUGCUGCCGUGUUUCCAUGACUACCAUGUCCCGUGUAUAGACCGCUGGUUGAAGGAUAACACCACCUGUCCCAUCUGCAGAGUGAACCUGGCUGAUGGGAACUGCUCCGCCCCCCCGACCCUCUGAAGGCCGGUUCACGUCACCUCCUGAAGACUUGAGUCUUACUGUAGUUUGUGUCUGAUGAAGGACGACUCAACAACUCGUCUUUUUUAUACUUUUAUUUAAAUGUUUUAUGUCACUGGUGAUUUUACAGGAAUAAAAAGAUAAAACCUCGA